AUGGAUGAGAGCAAGAUCCAGGCUAUUGUUGGGUGGGAGCCUCUGACCAAGGCGACGGAGUUGAGAUCUUUCCUUGGUUGGCAAACUACCAUUGAUGCUUCAUCUAAGCUACUCUUGAAUUACCAAUCCCUUGACGGACAUGUUGAAAAAGAGGAAGCCAAAAGCUUGAUUGAGCUUGCCAAGGAGGGGAAAACAAUGAGAUUUUGGCUUGCUGGGGAGCUACUAUACACUCAUGGGUGCCGUCUCUAUGUACCCCAUUAUAGGAAAUUGUGUAAGGAAGUCAUGAAGGAGUGCCAUGAGUUGAGAUGGGCGGGCCAUCUAGAGAUACACCGUACCGUGGCCCUUUUGGAGGAUCGUUACUAUUGGCCUCAUAUAGAUGAUGAUGUGGAGACAUAUGUGAAAACUUGUCUAGUAUGCCAAUAA